AUGCCAGUCUCAGAUUCGACUGAAAUAUCCUCGACAAUGCCUGAAUCAGAUUCGACUGAAGUAUUCUCGACAACGCCAGUUUCAGAUUUGACUGAAAUAUCCUCAACACUACCAGUUUCAGAUACGACUGAAAUAUCCUCGACAAUGCCAGACUCAGAUUCGACUGAAAUAUCCUCGACGACGCAAGUCUCAGAUUCGACUGAAAUAUCCUCGACAAUGCCAACAACCUCACCGGAUGGUAAUGAAAUACCAACUAUUGACGGUGGGUGGUCAUAUUGGAAACCAUGGAGUGAUUGUUCAACCACAUGUGGUGGGGGUGUAAGGUCAAGAGUUAGAACAUGCACGGGACCGGAACCUUCUGGAGAAGGCCUUAUCUGUUCAGGCUCAAGUCGACAAACCGAAGCAUGUUCCAACUGGGAAUGUCCUGAUUGUAACAGACCAUGCCCCGAUGGGGGUAUUCUUGUCAACUGCAGUACGUGCACCUGUACAAACUCUGUUCUUUAUGGUCGGGUGACAACUAAAAGAAACUUACCGUUGGAGAAUGUAGGAGUGUUCCUACGAUACAAACAAUGGGAGGCUCUCACACUGACAGAUAUGCUAGGACGAUUCCAUAUUAAGGGUAUCUGUGUGCCAAGCGAGCAAAUAAUAUUCAAGAAAAAUCUACAUAGUGAAGCAAGGAUAACUGCACAGCCAGAAAAUGCAACACAUGCAACAGCUAGUGCACAGCUUCAACGACUAGAAAUGCCUUUUAUCAAAUAUCAGCCUUCCAAUCGACAUAGAUUCCUGGGCCAGGAUGUUUCAUUCUGCUGUGAGACAGAGGGGACACCAAAUGUACAUACUCUUGAAUGGUAUAAAAACAAUCGCAUCAUCAAAAGAACAGAGGGUAGCUAUUUUCCUGUAUUAACACUGGAUAAUCUCUCUGUAAACGAUAGUGGUCUAUACGCCUGUAGGGCAGUCUCUGCUGGUGGGAAUGUCAUGUCUAGGCCUGCUCAACUAAAUGUUCAUGAAGAAUCAUCGCAGGACUCUUGCAAGUCUGAACCCGCUGUAAGAUAUACAACUCUCCCAACUGGAUGCACGUACUCCGGGCCUGAUACCGCUAGCGAAAUUACAACUGUGAAUCUGGGUGAAUGUGAAUUAAAUACGCCAUGUCUGACGCAAAAUGAUCAGAUAAGUAGAGAAAGUUGUAAUGAUACAUCAACUCUUUGUUGUGGAGCGAUUCGCACUAGGCUCUUAGAUAUAACAUGUGACACUGGGAAUACAUUCACAAUGGUUCAGAUCGAAGAAUGUGGUUGCAUAGAAUGUUUGAGAAACCCCGAUGCAGAAGGAUCAACCAAAAUAGAUGGGAGAGCGUUUGGAACUGAUGUCAAUGGAGAUAUGUCUCCUCUUAUACUUGGUGCUAUAUUAUACAAAGGUGAACAGAUUGGGUCGACGUCAGCCACGGGAAUAUUCACUGUUACCGUUCCUGUAGGAAUCGAUAGAUUUACCCUCAUCUUCCAAGAUACGCAUUUCAAAACAUUUGCUGAUGCAGUUGUUGUUAUGGACUAUGUUCGAGGACAAACAGCUACUCAAAAUGUGAGAAUGAAACGUUUACCCAAACCAGUAACGUUCAAUGCUGAAGAUGGAUUUGAAUUGGAGUUGGGUAGUUCUGAUAUCACUGAUAAGGCUGGUUUUUUAAAACUACCUCAAAGAGCAGUUGUUGAUGAAAAUGGUAAUCCGUUCUAUGGUUCUGUAAAUGCAACUGUUGAAUUUAUGGAUCCAAGACAGAUAGAUGACAUGAGAUCAUCUCCAGUAGAUUUUAGUGCAUCAGACGAAAAUGGAGAAGAAACUAUUCUGGAAACAUUUGGUAUGGUACGCGUCUCCUUGUCAGAUGGUGAAAGCGGGAAACCACUUCAAAGUGCAGGGAAUAUGCAAAUAGGUAUUGAUGUGACUACCAUGGGGAUUCAAAAUCAAACAGAUGGUAUAUUUUUAUGGGGAUUGGAUGAUGUAUCUGGACAAUGGGUCAAAACGGGUGACAUGGUUUACAAAACUGCAAUACAACUCGGUUUGUUUAAAAAUAGAAAAAUGAAUCGUGACUUUGUGGUUGGUGACUUUAACUCUGGGACUGUCCGAGACCUCGAGACAACAAGAACACGGAGAGAGACUUAUUGGGUAAAUGUAGAUCGACCCGGUGGUCCAACUCGUAUAGAACGAAUAAUUAGAGAAACUCUCACUGAUUUGUGCUAUGUUAACAUCCGUAUAUACAACGAUGCUAAUUUCAACCCUGGUUCCGGUCUCGGUGGUGCCUCUGUAAAUGUCCUUACAAGACAACCCGAUGGGGUAUCCUACAGUGGCUACAAGUCUGCAACUUCCCCGAAUUCUGGGUCAACGUGUCUACAAACAUUGUGCUCUAGACAAGCUGACAUAAUAGUUGAACGUGGACGUGAUAAUCUCUUUGUGCAUCCAGACCAAGGCAAUUUCCUUCCCCCUAUGUAUCGUUUCAGAGAUUCACAAAAUAGGCGUGUCGUUAACUUUGAUGUUGUAAAGAUGGAUAGCCAACUUGGUAGAAAUGGGCCAGUGUAUAUAUGGCAGAAGCAAAGAACGUGCCUGAAUUCAAAAGAAAAUGAUUUUAAUUUUAGGUUUGCUCCAAUAUCUCCACCGAGUGUGCUAAAUCCUAGAGUAAAAGAAAAUGGAAGGCGGCUGUCUUGGUAUCAACGGGAGGGUGACCAAAAUCGAGUCUGCUACAUCAAGAUUCGAGUUCAGAUUAAUUCUGCCUCUGCUGUGAGUUUUAAUGCAGUAAGCCGAUGGGAAAACUCUGCAGGCGAUGAAUUUGGUAACUAUGUUUCAUAUCCAAUGCAUAAUCCUGAGACAGGAGAUUUGACAGAUAGGGGAGUAUGCCUACAGUACAAAUGUCCUGGUUCGAUACUUGCUAUCGCGGACAGACCACCACAGAUAUACAGGGACAUAUCGACUCACGUCACUACCAUGAUUGCACCAGCAACAUCAUGUAGAGCGACUGUAAAUCCGAACAUGGUGCCUUUUAUAAGAGUGACACAGUUUGGCUUCACAUGGACCGCCGCAUUUGAUGAGUCUAGUGGCAAUGGGAUAGCAGACGGUAUAUAUUCAGACAGGGGUGAAGAUGCGACUGUGCUUCGCUUCUGCAAAACUGGAAGCAAAUCGAUCACGGAUGACAUAAUGAUACCAGAUACAGGUGCUGCAGUGGAAUUCAACUGCAUGUAGUACCUACAGCAGACAGGCCAUUGUGUCGACUAUGUAUUUCCAUACGUUCCCAUCAUAUUGUAAUUAUAUAGAUUGAAUUUCGAAAUGAUUGUGCCUCUAAACAUCCAUACACCUAUCAUGGAUAGGUGUCCAUGAAUUUAUGCACUUAAUAAAUGUUUACCGUUGUAAAAGGGUAGGAGGUCCUAUCAAAUUAUGGUCCUACUCUCCAUUGAUUUAUAUGGUGACCUAACUAC